AGUAUUGUGUUGCUCUCCAAACAGGCAGGGGAGCAGAUAGUGGGAUUCUGAUUCUGCCUCUCUGUGGACCAGGCUUGGCACUGAGAUGGACAAACACUUGCUGCUGCCCGGUCUGCUCCUGUCCCUUCCUAUGAUCACAGCCUGGACUGCUUUCAACUGCCUAGUGACCAAAGGCUCUCAUCUGCCUCUGGUCUCCCGAUAUGUCCAGCUCUGCCUCUUGGAUUCCAGCCUGCGCCUCUUUGCCUCAUGCUCCUCAGUGACCAACCUGACACAGGUCUUGAAGGCUGUGCCGCAGAGCGUGGAGGGGCUCUGUCUCUCUGGUUCCAUUUCUGUCCUGCCCCCGGAUGCCUUCUCCCACUUCCCUGGGCUCAAGAUCCUGGGGCUGAAUCUGCAUUUCACCCAGCUGCUACCAGGAGCCCUCCAGGGCUUGGAGCAGCUGCAGCAGCUCACUUUCAUAAACAGCCACAUGGAUUUUCUCUAUCUACCUCCUGACGCCUUUGGCAACCUGAGCUCCCUCCAGCGCCUUACUUUCUUGGGUCCCUGCCUGUACGGGAGCUUGGGUGUCCGGCUGCCUCCCAGUCUACAACAGCUGGCUGUGACGUACAGCUGCCUGCAGAAUGUGGGAGUUCUGGCUGACAUCUUCCCAGACCUGGUGCUAGGUUCCUCCUCUGGGGAUGCCUGGUCCCUGGACACGCUGGACUUGUCAUUCAACAAACGGCUGAACAUGACCAGCCCUGGGGCCCUCCAGGGCCUCCAGCUGAGGACUCUGCAUCUGGAUCACACAAAUACGGACGCAGCUGCUGUGGUGGGACUGGGACUGCAGAGGCUGGGUGCCCUGUCUGCGAAGAAAACUGACACGGCUGAGCUGCCUGUCAGGGUAAUUGCUCACUUUGGGCUGCAAGAGCUGCAUCUGGGACUCACUCAGAUAAGGCGCAUAGCUCCCGAGGCUCUGGCUUCCUGCCACAGCCUAAAGAGCUUGGAUCUUAAGAGCAAUCAUCCGAUUCAUCUGCCACCAGGCUUCCUGGCCGCUAUGCCCAGACUUCAGACAUUAAAACUGACAAUCAACCAACUGCAGAUUUCCAUGCUGUGCAUGAAUGGGACAGGGGCUGAGUCAGGACUGCGGGCCUUGGAUCUGUCUAACAAUGGGCUGUAUACCAUGCCCUCAGACACCUUCUCCUGUUUGCCCCACCUGCGGGAGCUGCUACUUCAGGGAAACCAGCUGUUUGACCUGGAUAGCCAGGUGUUCCAGGGCCUGAGGAGGCUGGAGACAUUGGACUUGAGUGGGAAUCCACUGGUAGCCCUGGACAAGGGCUGGCUGGCAUCUCUACCCGCACUGACCACCCUAAACCUGCUAGACACCCGGAUGGCGCUGAGCUCAACCUGGGACUUCUGGGGCCCAGAAAGAUUGAACAACUUGAGACUGGGGCUCGUCUCUGGGCCUCCCAGAAUGUUGUCCCUGCCUAUGGGGCUAGCCAGUUUGGAGCUUCAUGCAGUUUCAGGCACGAAGCCUUGGAAGCUGGUUACUAAUGUCUUUCCAGUCUUACAGACCCUGACCCUAAAAGGCUGGGGACUGCAGCUGGGGGUCCAAAAUGUCUCCAAGAUUUUCCCUGCCCUUCACCAACUCUCCCUCUCUGGCAAUAGCUUGGAGGCCCUCUGCUCACAGGACACCUCCCGCUUCUUCCUCUGGCAGCUCCCUGGGCUCAAGCAGCUGCAGGUGAGGGGGGACGGGCAUAGCCUCAGACCCUGCUGCAUCACAGGGCUGCCUAGCCUGUGGGAGCUGAAGCUGCAUAAUCUGCAGUCCCGAGCCCGGCCGCGCCCACUGCGGCUUGAGGAGCUGGUGGGCCAGCUGCCGAUGCUCCAGGUGCUGCAGCUGGAGCAAACAGGGCUGGAGACACUGUCUGCUGCUGCUUUCCAAGGUCUGUGCAAUCUUCAGAUCUUAGUGCUGGGCUGGGAGAAAGGCCUUGUGCUGGAUGCCAGCCUCCAGGAACACAGCCCCCAGAUGCCCCAGUACAUGUAUUUUCUCACUUCGUCCUUGGCCUGCCAGUGUGCCAAUGCCUGGGUGGGGCCCUGGCUCGAGCGGUCGCCCAGAACAUACGUGCACAUAACAACGCGCCAGCUGUGCCAGACAGAAGCUGGGGACCACUCCAAAAGACUCCUUUUCCCCUUUCUCUGGAGCCACUGUCCCAAGACCUUGGGGCUAGAGCUUUUUUUGGGCAGCUCUGCCCUGCUGCUUCUGCUGAUCUCCUUGCCCUUCCUACAGGAGGCCAGGAACUGGAUCCUCUAUCUCCGGACCUUGUUCAGGGCUUGGCUCCAGGGUCUGAGGGGUCAGAGGAGUGAGGGCAAGAGGUUCGUUUAUGACGUGUUCGUGUCCCACUGCAGGCAAGACCAGGGCUGGGUGGUGCAGGAGCUGUUGCCUACUCUGGAGGGCUGCCCUCCGGCUGGCUGGGGCCUGCGUGUCUGCCUCCCUGAGCGGGAUUUUGAGCCAGGCAAGGACGUGGCCGACAAUUUGGCAGACAGCAUGGUGGGCAGCCAGAUCACACUGUGUGUGCUGAGUCGACAGGCCCUGUGCACACCUCGCUGCCGCCUGGAGCUCCGCCUGGCCACUUCCCUCCUGUUGGCUGCCCCCUACCUACCAGCGCUGCUGCUGGUCUUCCUGGAGCCUAUCUCCCGCCACCAGCUCCCCCACUACCAUAGACUAGCCUUGCUGCUCCGCCGAGGAGACUAUCACAUGUGGCCCAGGGAAGAUGAAAGAAAGGCCGACUUCUGGGCUUGGCUGGGGAGGAGGCUGGGACAGUCUGGGUAA